GCCCAAGGCCACGGUCAGGACCAGCCCAGCAGCCCAGCCGCAGAGGAGCCAGCGAACCUCUCCCGGCGCCUGUGCUGGGGGCUUUCUGUUCCAGCAUCAGGGAUGGAGGAAGGGGAGAGGAGCCCCUUACUGUCCCAGGAAACUGCAGGCCAGAAGCCCCUCUCUGUGCACAGUCCACCCACCGCAGGCUGUCUAGAUCCAGUGCCCUGGGAGGACCAGGCGGACGCCUGGGGCUGCAGCUGCUGUCCCCCAGAGACCAAGCGCCAGGCCUUGAGGGGCACCCCCGGGAAAGGACCAGCCCCUUCCCUGUCCAUAGGAAGCAGCUGUAUCAAGUAUCUGAUCUUCUUCUCCAACUUCCUCUUCUCCCUGCUGGGGCUGCUGGCCCUGGCCAUCGGGCUCUGGGGCCUGGCCGUCAAGGGGUCUCUGGGAAGUGAUCUCGGGGGGCCCCUGCCCGUAGACCCCAUGCUGGGGCUGGCACUGGGGGGGCUGGUAGUCAGCACAGUGAGCCUGGCUGGCUGCCUGGGCGCCCUCUGUGAGAACACCUGCCUGUUACAUGGCUUCUCCGGGGGCAUCCUCGCCUUCCUGGUGCUUGAGGCCCUGGCGGGGGCCCUGGUGGUGGCCCUCUGGGGCCCGCUGCAAGACAGCCUGGAGCACACCCUGCGUGUGGCCAUCGUUCACUACCAGGACGACGCAGACCUGCGCUUCCUUCUCGACCAAGUCCAGCUCGGGCUGAAGUGCUGCGGGGCUGCCUCCUACCAGGACUGGCAGCAGAACCUGUACUUUAACUGCAGCUCCCCCGGGGUGCAGGCCUGCAGCCUUCCUGCCUCCUGCUGCAUCGACCCCCGAGAAGAUGGAGCCUCUGUCAACGACCAGUGCGGCUUCGGGGUCCUGGGCCUGGAUGCGGACGCAGCUCAGAGAGUGGUGCACCUGGAGGGCUGCGGCCCGCCGCUGCGGCGGGCCACCAGCAAGGCUCAGUGA